AUGGCGAAUAUUGCAGAGACCGCGCUGCUCAAGGAGCGACAGUGGGGCAGACUCAUGUGGACCGUGGCUGCCGACCUUGGCAUGGACACGGUGGCGACAGCGACGGCGGCGCACUUCUUUCAGCGCUUCUGCUUGUCCGAGCGGCAGGGCGACUUUGAUCCACAUCGCUUGGCAAUCGCCUGCAUGUGGUUGGCGUCGAAGGUGCGGGAGUCUCCAUGCCGCUUGCGGGACAUCGUGAACUCUUUCGAGAUCUUCUUGGACAGGGUGCAGGAUGAGAAAGGCAUGCCCAUGGAGGCAUACUGGGCGCUGCGUGAUGACGUGGUGACGUAUGAGCAGGUGCUUUUGCGGGCAAUGGGCUUCGAUGUGGAGCUCACGCCUGCCUAUGCAUACCUUACGGAGUUUGCUUGGCUCCUCAGCAGUGAGUCCAAUGACGCGCCAGUACUUUCGCUGGCGUGGACGCUGCUGAACGAUGCUUUUCGCAGUGAAGUUUGCGCCAUGGCGUCGCCCGAUCGCCUUGCCCUGUCCUGCCUGCUGUUGAGCUUCGAGAUGAGUCGCCGGGUGCCUGAACAUCAGUUGCCUGCAGAUCGGCUGGCCCAGAGGUUGGAUCGCCUGCUACGCGAGCCUCAGCUCGAAGGCUUCCUGGGACUCAGCCAGGACCGCGGGGCCGACGAGAUCGAGGAUAUCUGCAACGACCUGCUGACAGUCUACGCGGUUGACGUGCAGCAGGCCUUCGUGCGGAUGGGCGGGUCGCGGCAUGCUUGUCACAUGAUGAUGCUCAGGCUGAAUGACGAGCAGAUCGUCACCCAUGUGGUGCGGCUCCUGGCAGCCGGCGUGGAGAACGCACCUCUCGCGGCGGAGGCGCUUCAGCGGGACAACCUGGACAACGUGAAGCUCAUCAUGCGAUCCAUGGAACGCCACUUGGCCAGUGCCGAGGUCUCCGAGGCCGGAUGCCUGCUCAUCGGCCACCUCUGCUCCGGAACGGCAGCACAGAGCGGAGAUCUGAAGCCGGUGCGGGUGAAGGCCCACCGCGACUGUCAGAACUCCCUCUGCCGGGAAGGAGCGAUGGAGACGAUAGUGGACAUCUUGACCCUGCACAUGAAGGAGGUGCGACGCUCUGCAAACAGAGCGCACAUGAUGAUGCAGGAAAAGUUGAAGGAGGCAGAGAUGAAGCGCCAGCGACAGGAGGAGGUUGACCUGGGACUGGUUCGUGAGCGGGCGCCAGUCAACGGUGGCUUCGGCGGUUUCUCCAAGAUGGGCCUUAAGGAUCGUAUCAUGAAGGUCCAGGCCAACCUUGAGCUGAGAGGUGCCUGGCAGACGCUCGUGGACAAAGAGGUCAUGGGUGGGCGUGUGAUGAACGCAGCCUUGCAGGCACUGCUCUUGCUCGUAGUUGGCAACUCCGGCGCGUUGCGGCAGCUCUCCGGCAAUUUCUUCGCCUACCACAUGAACAAGCUGUUGGACAUGGGUGAAGAGUUUCUCGAUGCCGCGAAGGAAGCAAAGGCAGAGAAGGACAUGCGCCGGGGGCGGGGGCAAAGAACAAGUACAGGAGAAGAAUCAGAGUCCGAUGCAGGGGAGGACGGCAAAAAACCGCCCAGGAUGCGGAACAAGAUGGGAAGGGUGGAGGUACCGGUGGGCCAGGAGCGCCAGGCCAUGGGCUCGCUGGAGUCCUUGUCUCUCAAGUGUCAGGUGCUGGUGGACGCUCUCCGCGGCCACGCGGCAAAGGACCGACCUGCCAUCGCCAUCAAAGCCUGUCGCCUGUGUCUGCUCAUCUUCGAGCACCACAAGGCGAACGUGCAGAAGGCGAAUGACCAGGGCCGGAACCGGUGUCACCACGUGGAGCUCAAGCUGCGACACACCGUCGUCGAGGAAGACAGGCAGUUUGAAGAGGUUUUCAAGCAUUUGUCCAGCAUGAAGACAGCCCUCAUCGGCACCCUGCGAACGCACAAUGAGAACUCUGCCGUCAUCAGUGCUGUGUUCUCUGUGCUGGCGAACCUCAGAGAGCUCGCGUUGCUCUCGGCGCCUGCCGGCAUGCCAGUGGCUGGCUCUGCCGUCGAGAAGCACUGGCAGGCAGCGCUGGUGAAAGCAGGGGGUGAGGAUACAGAAUGGAUCAUCCGCCAGGCUGCGUUGCGGCUACGCAGGGCCUUAGAAGAGACGAAGAAGGGGGACCAUCGGAUCGAGACGCAAAACAUCCGACCGCAGGACCUUCGAGGCAACGGAGAGUGGCUCACCCCGCGGCUGCGCGAGGAGGUCCGGAACAUGCUGGAAGUGGCGGAGGGCCUCGGCGCGGACGCCUUCAAGGCUCGCUGGGCAGAUGCCGAGGAGCCAGAUCGGUGGAACGUUAUCUAUCGAAAGCAGCAGCAGUUGGCAGCGCAAGCCAAAUACAGGGAAGACAAGAUCAAGGCCAAGGAACUGGGCAUCACCCACGAAGAGUUCCACCGGCGAGAGCUUGAGGAGAUUGCAAGAAGAGAAGCGGAAGAAGAUGAGAGCAGCAGCAGUGGCAUUUCGGGCUUCACCGCCAGAGAGGCUGAGGACGUCGGCGAGGUGGUCGUGGCGACGGAAGAGGAGUUGAACUUCGAGGAGGAGGAUGUCUUCGGGCUGCAGCAGUGGGUCCGUGCCAUUGGCUUCGGCCAGCGCGACGAGGAAGACUUCGAUCGAGUCUGGCGGAAGCCUGUCACAGACGCUUUGAUGCGUGCCCUGCCAGCACGGGCUCCUCCGGGCAGCGUCUGGGCCAUUGAGGCCGCUCAGCGACGCAGAGAGAUCAUCGAGCAGGCGGAGAAGAGCGGCGAGCCCUUGGAGGAUCCCGAUAUGGACGAGCUCCUGCAGAUCGAGAUGCUGGAGUCGCUGCAGGGCAAGCUCAAGAUCCGGGCCUUGGUUCGUGCCCAGGACCAGAUCCAGACCAACAUCAUCGAGGGCAAGGAUGCGAAGGGCAACGAACUCCUCGACCCGCGGGAGACCUCCAAGUCCAUCAUCCAAGAAGUUGCCAAAGGCUUCAAGAAGCAGGGCUACAUGGUUCCGAAGUAUGGGUUCUCGGUCCGAUCCGUGCGAAGAGCGAGACGUGCUGCAUGUGCCCAGCUGGCCGAGAUGUCGAUGACGCAGCUUGCGCAAGAGGCCGGUGAGACCCGCCUUUUUGGGCUCUUUGGCCUGGCCAUGAAGCCACUGACCUUCACAGCGCUCACUGCCGAGUUCGUCGGGACCUUCGUGGUCGCCUUCACCGUCGGCUGCACGACUUUGUCCGGAAUAGCAUUGGACUGGGCGAGCAUCUCCAUCGCGUGUGCCUCCAUGGUAAUGAUGUAUGCGUUUGGCUCUGUAUCUGGUGGCCAUCUGAACCCGUCGAUUUCCAUCUCAAUGUUUCUGGCCGGUAAACUACGUGGCAUCACCACGUGUGCCUACAUCAUCUCGCAGUGCGCUGCUGCGAUCUUGGCUUUAUUGGCAGUUCGUCAACUUUUCGAGGUGAGCCCGACCAUCAUUCCCAAGGUGGGAGACAGCUGGACUCAAGCAUGCUUGGUGGAGAUGAUCUACACGGCUAUGCUCGACUUCGUGGUCCUUUGUGUUUACAGCCGGCGGAACAACCCUGACCAUGAGCCGAACCAGUUCUACGGCAUUGCUUGUGGCUUUGCGCUGAUUGCUGGCAUCGGUGCGUCGCAGAUGUCCGGUGGAGUCUUCAACCCAGCCGUAGCUUUGGGCAUCGGAGUCGUCGGCAAGGAAGGAGGAUCACUGAUGUACCUGUGCUACCAGCUGCUGGCGAGCCUGCUGGCUUCGGCGCUAUUUCGAGUCAUGAGACCCGAAGAGUACAUGGACCUCGCAAGCUUUCAGAACUACGAGCCCAGUGAUGCAGUGAAGUAUCUUUGUGAAUUCGUCGGCAGCUUUUUGGUCGUGGUCACUUACGGCCUCAGCGGUGUUCGCGCCGCACCCGAGAGCUGCUCCUGGACCACGGCCUCAGCGCUCAUGAGCCUUGUCUAUGCCGUCGGUGACCUGUCUGGAGGCCAUUUCAACCCUGCUGUGACAACAGCCGUCGUGCUCUCACGCACGCGCAGAGUUUCGGUCACUCAGAUGGUAACAUACUGGGUGGCGCAG